AUGGCUGAACCAGGCCCUUGUACCGAGCCAGCCUCUGAUCGUCUUGUACAACAAUUCGAAACACCGCUGGCAGGUCUCUUCGCCAUCAACAAGCCGAGUGGGAUGGUCUCUAUGUCUCUUCUCAACUCCCUUCAGUCCCUGUUCUGUCGCUCGCCUCUCUUCAACGCCGAUUAUGAGGCUUAUACCAACAAGUCUAAGAACAAGCGUGGUAAAGGCCGACGAAAACCCUUAGUCAAGAUGGGCCAAGGAGGUACACUGGACCCGUUGGCCAGUGGUGUAUUAGUAGUGGGAUUGAGCUCAGCUACUAAAAAGCUGUCAGCUUUCUUAGAUUGUACAAAGUCCUACCGAACCAUAGGCUUGUUAGGCUGCGAGACUGAUUCGUACGAUCAAAUGGGUAAAGUUGUCAAAUUGGUCGGAUGGGAAGGCGUCAAACCUACAGAUAUCGAAGCUCAGUGUAAAGCGAUGCAAGGACCUGGAUGGCAAAUACCCCCAAUUUACUCCGCGUUGAAGAUGGAUGGCAAGCCUUUGUAUGAAUACGCCCGCAACAACUUACCUCUUCCAAGGCCGAUCGAAGCUAGACGAUGUGAAAUACCCGAGAUCAAAAUGGUGAAUUGGCAAGAGGGCGGAAGCCAUUCGUAUAAGUGGCCAACUGAAUUCAUCACGAGCGAGGAUCAAAUGAUGUUCGAUAAACUACGUACCAUGAUCGCCGAGAAAGGAGUGACAAAGCCUGAACUUACUGAAGGCGUGGAUCCAGUCGCAAGUUCUCCGUCGCUCCCCGCUAAGAGAGUCCACUCGCCUGAUUUACUCGAUGGGGAGUCGGGCUCAUUGGGUAUCAAGAAGUUCAAAGCAGACGAGAUAUCUGCACAGCCAGCCGUGGACUCAUCCAUCGACAAUGCUCCUACAGAUGCGCCGUCAGAAAGACCCAACAACAAGCCAGUGACGAUGGUUGAUAAUGGCCUCUCUCCCGCAUUCACAUUGGAGAUGACUGUCUCAUCUGGAACCUAUGUCAGGACCAUCGUGCACGACAUCGGAAAAGCUGUGUCGAGUGCCGCCACUGUGGUCUCGCUGACUCGCACCCGUCAAGGAGAAUUUGCACUGGAAGCUGAUCAGGAACUACAUCCGGGUACGAAUGGCUUAGGUUGUAUCGAAUGGGAGGUAUUCGAACGCGCCCUUCAGGCCGAGCGUGACGGUGCAAUUGAGGCUAGAAGUAAGGAGGAUGGCCUACUUGAGUGGGAACGUGAAUUGUUGAAGAAGAUCAAGAGAUAA